AUGGACGAUCAACUCUACACCAGUCAUCGUGUGACUCCCAGAUUGGCGUGGGCCACAGCCAUCACUUGCCUCAGUACCUUGCAAUUUGGCUUUCAUCUUGCAGUAUUAAAUGCUCCCCAAGAUAUUUUCUCCUGCAAGAAGCACAUCCCUGGCCCCCUCCCAUCCUAUGAAGAUACGUUGUGGAAUACCUAUGGACGAGCACAGUGUAUCCCCAUGAAACUGAGCAACAUUGCGCUUCUAAAUACGCUAUUUACCGUUGGUGGUUUGCUCUCGUCGCUGUUUGCCGGCUCUCAUACCGUCUCGGCCAUGUUUGGACGCAAGAAACUUCAGAAAAUAUGUGCUCUCUGUUACCUAUUAGGCUCGUUGCUUUUAACCGGAGCCAACUCACUUCCGGCCAUGUACAUGGGAAGGCUCUUUGGAGGAAUCGGCGCUGGAGCAUCCAUGGUGGUAGCUCCUAUUCUCGUGAGCGAAAUCACACCUUUUAACCACAGAGGACUCAUGGGUUCUUUGCUCCAGUUUGGAGUGGCCAUGGGCAUUUUGGCUGCGCAGCUUAUUGCAUUCCCGUGGUCCAACGACCAGCAGUGGAGAUACUUGUUUCUUUUCGGAGCAUUCGUGGCGUUGUUCCAGUUUCUCCUUCUCUUCACUACUGUGGAAUCGCCCAAAUGGCUCAUUUUGCAUCGUGGUGACGUCUCUAGUGCCACUGAGAUCUUACACACUUUACGUUCCGACAUUCUGGCUAUGAGAUACGAAAUCAACCAUUGGAGAAGACUCUCCAAUAAUACUAGCACCAUUCCGGCGGACAAACUUCUCUCGGAAAGAUCCAGUUUGCUUGAAUCCGGGCCGCAAGACGAUUUCCAUCCACUAUCUACCUCCAUGUCUCGUAGAGGCUCAAUUGACCCAAGCACUUUGUCAAUCGUCGAGUAUCUUGUCAGUCCACGCUACAGAAAGGAGUGGAUCGCCAUUAUAGUAAUCAUGACGGCCCAGCAGUUGUGUGGAAUGAAUGCCAUCACUUUCUAUGGAGUGUCAGUUCUUUCCAACAUUGUACCUCUGGAAACUAAUGUCUUGUACCUCACAUGUCUGUUGGCAUUGUGUAAUGUCAUUCUGGCACUCACUAUUUCGCCCUUCAUUGAUAGAUGGGGCCGCAAACCUUUGUUGCUUGCGUCAGUGACCAUGAUGGGUACUUGUUCGGUUUUUAUUUCCUUGGGUUUGCUUCACAAUCGUGAUUACAUGGCGGCGAUUGCAUGUUUCGGGUUUAUUGUUGGAUUUUCCAUUGGAUUAGCCCUGAUUCCAUUCUUGAUGGUGAGCGAAUUUGCCAGUCACGAAACCAUUGGAAUCGCCCAAUCAUUCGGCACCAUGUGGAACUGGAUUGCCAAUAUUAUCAUUGCUUACCUGUUCCCACUUUUAAAAGAUAUCGUUGGCAAUUCCAUUUUCUUUGUUUUCUUCGGCAUCUCGGUCUUUUACUUUGUUGCAAUCUGGGCAAGAGUUCCCGAGACAAAGGGCAAAUUGGAUUACCGGGAUAUAUGGGAUGCCUUCUACUAUUAA